GGAAGUCGUGUUCCUGCUAACUUCUCGUCCCUGGCCAACAUGUCUCGCUGGCAGAGCCGUGCGUGUCAGUAGAAGCGUGGGCUUUGUCCGUGGAUCCUCUGCCGUGCAGCUCCGAGCUCGCGGGUCGAGUCAAGCAGGACCCAGAACUGCAGCAGCAUCUUCAUCAAUGGUGUGUCUACAUCCCAGAGCCGUCACGUUCUCCUGUGUCCGCUCGAUGAACUCUGACCUCCCCGGCUGUCGUCACGGCUGCACCUGUAUGGCGUUUGCGAGGCUGGGAGGAGAGUUCUGCCAAGCUCAGCACCUGCUGCGUAUCGUGGACAAGUGAGGAGGAGGAGCAGCGACACACUGCCGCCCACACAGGUGCGGUCGGCCGUCCUGGUGAACGCGUAUGAAGACGAGCCGUCAGCCUGCGACCUGAGGGAGGAGGGAGGCUGCCACUCCCCUCUCUGCUCCCGUUUCUCUCUUCUUCUUCUUCUUCUUCUUCUUCUUCUUCUCUGACUCUGCAGGACUGAAGAGGAGCAGACCUUUCCUCUCAGCCAAGCCAACACUAACUUGCCAACGACCUUUGAACCCGUUUAUUUUGCCCAGUCUGAUGCUCAGACGUCGGUGAGAACCCAGAGUUGUUGCUCCGGUCCGCUCCUCCUCCACCAACGCUGAAGCAUGAACCGCCCGGCGCCGGUGGAGAUCUCCUACGACUGCCUGCGGUUCCUCAUCACCCACAACCCCACCAACGCGCAGCUGGGGAAGUUCGUGGAGGACCUGAAGGCCUACGGCGUGGGGACCCUGGUGAGGGUCUGCGCCGCCACCUACGACAAGGCGCCGCUGGAGCAGGAAGGCAUCCAGGUUCUGGAUUGGCCGUUCGACGAUGGCUCCGCCCCUCCGGAGCAGGUGGUCGAUGAUUGGCUGAGCCUGCUGCAGGUGAAGUUCCGGGAGGAGCCCGGCUGCUGCGUGGCGGUCCACUGCGUGGCCGGACUGGGCCGGGCGCCGGUGCUGGUGGCCCUGGCUCUGGUCGAGUGUGGCAUGGAGUACGAAGACGCGGUCCACCUCAUCAGACAGAAACGUCGCGGCGCUCUGAACGCCAAGCAGCUGCAGUACCUGGAGAACUACCGGCCCAAACUCUGCCUGCGCUCCAAAGAUGCUAACGGACAGAACUGCAGCGUGCAGUAGGGUCCAACGGGCCAGAACCUCUAGAACCUCCCCCCGACGUGUAGCAGAACCACAACCAUCCUUAGCGGCUUCUAGUGAAGCUGCAUGAAAACACUUUGGGUCCGUUCUGCUUCAGAUGUUUGCAGCCAAAUCCAGGUUCUGUUGGUGGGCCCGUUUAGAGGCCCGCCGGUUCUGUCCGCUCUCAGAAGGAUUGGAGUUGGAGAAGUUCUGGUUUCACGCAGCAGCAGGUUCUGGAGGGAAGCUGCAGCUCAUGGGUGGUUCUGUUCAGGGCGACUGAUCCGCUGCAGAACACCAGCUGAGAUUAGAAACCGGGCUUGGUUGUGGUUCUGGUACCGUCAGCGCCACCUGUCCCUGUAAUUUAUUCAUUUUGUUUCUUUGACCCGAAACGUCUGAUCCAGAACUUUGAACAAAUAAAGUCCUUUGUGCUGAA